UUUAUUUUCAAAAGACGGCUCAAAACAAUAAAUAUAUAUUUUCUAUUACAAAUACAAAUUUCACUAUCUACAGCCACCGAAAAUGAUUAAUUUGGAUAUCUACAAGCGCACCUGCACAAAAGUAGCGCAAAUAUGGAAAGAAGUGGAUGUCACACAAUCCGAUGUAGAGGCCGAACCCGAUGUGGAGCCAGUCGCUGAAGAAGAGCAGCAAGAGGAGGAGGAACUGGUGGAUGAACUGGACUGCUGCAGAGUGAUGGGCGAAUUGGAGUGCAUGAAACGGCGCAUACAGAAAUUACAAUUGCGACUCAAAGCAGACGAAACAUGCCUGGAUGAGCCAUGCAUAGAUCCACAACUCAUAUUGGCCUGUUCAAGUAAUCCGGAAGUGUGUGAAUUGCAAAAGAAUCAUUAUAAAUUACAAUGUCAAAUCAACGAACUCAUACGCUGCUGUAAUGUGGCCAAAGAUCAGAUCGAAGAAUUGCGCGCGCGUUUGUGCCAGAAGUCACGUGAAAUACUCGAUUUGCAAAAGGCUGUCUGUCUGCUGGAGACCUGGCGUAACACGUUGCAGCAUGAAUUCGGUGUGUGCUAUGAACGUUUUCAGUAUUUGAAGCAUGUGAAAGCCGAAUGGGAGGAUGUGGAGAAGAAACUCGAGGAGCAGAAUCAUACACUUAAGAUGUUGGAGAAAACGCUCGUGCCGAAAAUCUGUUUCGUGAGUGAAAAACGGCAAUUUGUUGAAGAAAUCGCGCAGUUACGCGAGCUGAUGCAGGAGAUGUUUCAAGCACACAAUGCCAGAUUCGAUGUACUGGAGCGGCGCUUGGACGGUAUUGAACUCACCAUGAUGGCACCAUCAGCGCUUUCGAUCAAUUUGGCGCAGGGUGUUAAGGACAAGAGAAAUCGCACAAGCGAUGCAAUUAAAUCAGAGCAGUAAAUUGUGGAUAAACUGAUUUUUUCCGUAACAAAAUUAUCUGUGUUAAAAAUAUAU